AUGUCGUGUCCGCCCUCUUUGGAUCGAGCCUUUGGGCCAGGCGUAGACCAUUGCCGCCGCGCUUUCGAUUUCACCCAGCUGUUCGAAGAAUGCAUCUUCAGCAUCGCGCCGUCCGCAAUGCUGAUCCUAGCGGCCACGGUACGCACUGUCGUUCUGCAGCGUGCACGACCACGAGUGACAGAUACCAGCAUGCAAGUGCUGAAGUUAGUCGUCAUAGUAUGUUUUGGUGCGGUGCAAUCAACGAUUCUACUAUUGCGCUGCCUCGAUGGCACCGGGCGAACACCAACAACUAUCGCAGCCGCCGCAACUGCCGUAAUCGAUGCGGUGGCCAUGGUAUGUCUGUCAACGUGCGAGCAUUCUCGAUCGAUUCGACCAUCGUCGGUCCUCGAGGUCUACCUCUUCUUCACACUCAUUUUCGAUGGCGCUCGCACCCGAACCGCGUGGCUGAUCGGCCAGGACGAUAUAUACCCCAUCCUCACGACUACGGGCAUCGCUAUCAAACUUUCUCUCCUUCUUCUGGAAGUCCGCGGAAAGGCUGGACUCAGUCUUGAAGAUGCCAACCGAAGUCCAGAAGAGAGGAGUGGCGCGAUCGGGCAGUCACUUCUCUGGUGGCUUGUUGGCCUCGUGCGCACCGGAUACCGCAAAAUCCUUACUCUGUCAGACCUCUUCCUACUAACCGAUGAGAUGAGAUCGGAGGCUAUUGGUGCCAAAUUCGAUCAAGCUUGGAUGCAAUAUCUCAUCAAGCCCAAAUCGGCUCUAUUGCGCAGCCUCUGGCAGACUCUGCGGUUCCGUUUGUUGGUGCCGGUGCUGCCGAGGGUUGUGCUGAUUGCCCUGACUUACUGCCAGCCGCUGCUGAUCAGGCGUGUUCUCUUGCUCCAGAAGGAGUCCGUUACAGAUAGUAGCCGGAACAUCGGGUAUGGCCUCAUCGGUGCAUACGGUCUCGUGUAUACAGGAAUUGCUGUUGUGUCCGCGAGCUACUGGUUCCACAUGGCCAAAGCCACGACUCUCGUCCGUGGAGCCAUUGCUUCAAAGGUGUACAGCAGAAUCAAUGAUCUGAGCAUCGUGAAUCCGGACGAUUCGGCAGCCAUGGUAUUGAUGAGUACCGACGUGGAACGUAUCGUCAUUGGAAUGAAUAUGAUGCACGAGACUUGGGCCAACGUCGUCGAGGUUGGCAUUGGUAUCUACUUAUUGCAGCAGCAACUUGGUAUGCCCGCAUUCGUCGCACUGGGGGUGGCACUGGCCUGUGCAGCUUUCGCAGUUGUUCUGGGAUCAUCCGCUGGCCGACGCCAGAAGUACUGGAUGGAAGCUGUGGAGAGACGAAUCAGCGCAACCGCCAGCAUGCUCAGCUCUAUGAAGAGCGUCAAGAUGCUCGGGAUCUCGAACCAAUUGGGCGCCGCCAUCCAAAAGAUGCGGCUUGAUGAGCUCGAAUCCGCGACCAAGUUUCGCGUUUUGCAGAUCGUGAUGAUCACCUUGUCAUAUUUCCCACAAACCCUCUCGCCAAUCUUCACAUUCGCUGCGUAUACACUGCGGCCGGGCGAACCUUCGCUAGAAUUCUCGCAGAUGUUCACCUCUUUAUCCAUUCUCAACAUUCUCGCCGGGCAAUUCACGCAGCUUUUCCAGUCUAUCCCCGCCAUAUUUGCCGCACUGGCUUGCCUCGGGCGCAUUCAGACCUUCCUCCUCGCACCGGAUCGCCACAUCGACAAUCGUAUGAGCGGCUCGCUGCUGCCGAUCAUAAGCUCAAGCAACUUCUCGCUGGACAGCAUGAUCAGUGACCUGCUCACAGACUCGCCUGGGCUAGACGCCUUUCAGAACCGGCUGAAGAAGUUCACAGCGCCGCUGCCACCGCUCAACGAGCGCUGGGACGCUGUGCAUCUGAAAGGUGCCAACUUCGCGUGGUCGCGGCGACGCGGAUGUGGAGGACAGGAGAAGGUAAGGAAGGAGGUGCUUCGCAACAUCACGGCUAAUUUGCCCGCCAACGCACUCACGGUUAUUGUUGGUCCUGUGGCCAGCGGCAAGUCGACACUGCUAAAGGGCAUACUUGGGGAGGUGUACAACACGGCUGGCACGGUGUGGGUGGCAUCACGCAAUGCCGCCUUUUGUGACCAGACGGCGUGGCUGCGUAACGCCAGUGUGCAGCAGAACAUCCUGGGCUACAGCCUCUGGGACGCGGAGUGGUACGCCGCGGUUGUGAAGGCAUGCGCGCUAGAGCAGGACCUUGAGAGGCUACCCCUGGGGGACCAGACCAUGGUUGGUAGCGAAGGCAUCGCGCUGAGUGGGGGGCAGAUACAACGAGUGGCAAUUGCCCGAGCUGUAUAUGCAAAGAGAGACAUGGUUGUCUUUGACGACGUGUUGAGUGGUUUGGACAGCACAACCAUGAACAAUGUCAUGCAUGCCCUGUUUGGUAAAGAGGGACUCCUCCGCCAGUCCAAGACGACUGUUUUGCUUGCGACCCACUCUGUACAUGUUCUUGAGUAUGCGGACCACAUUGUCGCGCUCGGGAGCAACGGUAGCGUUUCUGAACAGGGUUCCUUUCCAGAACUGCGGUCCCGACAUGGCGGAUACGUAGAGCGGCUCUGCAGGACAGUAGAAUACACUGACAGCGAUUACGAAGAUGACGAGGACGGUUUUGCCGCACCGUCAGCUCCAAGAGCGGCGACACAACAAGGCAUCGCGGCAACUCUGCCGAUCGCUGCCGCCGCCAGGCUGGAAGUACCUGCGGCUGAUGCGCCCAACAGGCAGAUGGGCGAUCGCAAAGCGUACCGACACUAUUUUCUCGCCACAGGCGUACGCAACACGGUGAUCUUCAUCAUUGCGGAGCUUCUCUUGGUCUCGUUCGAAGUCGUGCCCCAAGUCUGGCUCAGUCGGUGGGCCGACGCCACCAGCACCCACAGCUACCGUGGUGCGGGUUUCUACCUGGCUAUCUACGCGGCGCUGCAGGUAGGCUUCCUUGUCUCGCUCUUCAUUGGGGCACGCCACGUCGCGAGCACCAUGGUCGUGCGAUCCGGUCGUUGGCUACACGCGCAGCUCGUCCGCACCGUCAGCGCCGCGCCGCUCUCCUUUUUCGCAUCAACUGACGCGGGCAUCACGCUCAAUCGCUUCAGCCAGGACGUGCACCUGUUGGACACAGAGCUGCCUGUAUCACUGCUCCUUCUCGGCGCUGCGGCGCUGGGCACGCUGGCGCAGGCAGUUAUCGUGCUGGUGGCAGCGAACUAUGUUGGCGCGGCUAUGGGGCUUGUUUUUGCCGUUUUCUACGUGGUGCAGCGCUGCUAUCUGCGGACGUCACGCCAGCUACGCUACCUUGACCUUGAGGCCAAGAGCCCGCUGUACUCGCUCUUCCUUGAAGCUCUGCGCGGCCGCGCCACAGUGCGCGCCUUCCGCUGGCAGGACGAGUGCCAGGCCGAGUUCCUGUGCGCCCUAGACGACUCGCAGCGCCCUGUAUACCUGCUGGCCAGUGUGCAGCAAUGGCUGGCGCUGGUCCUGGGUCUGAUCACCGCUGCUGUGGCUGUAGUGUUGGUCGCCAUCAUGGUGACAUUGAAAGAGAAGGGCACGACAACGGCCGGGCUGGGCGGUGUGGCGCUGUUGAACAUGAUGUCGUUAUCGACGAACCUGAUGCAUGCGGUCGUGACCUGGACCAGACUCGAGACUUCGAUCGGUGCUGUAGCAAGGAUCAAGGACUUCGCAGAGCAGACGCCCGCAGAAGUCAUGCCCCGUGAAGCCGUCGCGCUGCCAAAAGACUGGCCAACCGCUGGAGCUGUCGAGUUUAACGAUGUUGCCAUCUCAUACAAGGUGAACACAGAGCUGGCGCUAAAGGACAUCACCUUCAGCGUUAAGCCCGGUGAAAAGGUCGCCAUCUGUGGCCGCAGUGGAAGCGGCAAGAGCACUCUCAUCUCCAGCCUCUUUCGCCUCGUUGAUCCCAGCACCGGCAAUAUCGCCAUCGAUGGCAUCGACAUUUCGGCAAUCCCGCAUGAUGCCCUCCGCGCCUGUCUCGUUGCGCUCCCGCAGGAACCUUACUUCGCGUCCUGGGCUAGCGUCCGCUUCAACGCCGACCCGCUCGGUCACGCCACGGACGCCGCCAUCACACAGGCCUUGGAACGCGUGGGGCUCGCGGACACGCUGCUCGGCGCGACGAGGCGCCCUGGGCCUGGCAUGGGCCUUAACGCCCAGAUGGACCUGGAGAUGCUAUCACACGGGCAGCGGCAGCUGUUUUGCCUAGCACGAGCGAUGCUGAAGAAGCGCGUGGAAGGCGGCGGCGGCGUGCUCGUUGUGGAUGAAGCAACCAGCAGCGUUGAUGGCGAGACGGACAAGCGCAUGCAACGCAUCCUGCGCGACGAGUUCGGCGGCCCAGACUGGACGUGGCUGGUCGUCGCGCACCGCGUGGCGACUGUACUAGACUUCAAUAAAGUCGCUGUAUUCGAACGCGGUAGGCUGAUUGAGUUCGACAAGCCAACAGUGUUACUGGAGAGGCCGGGCGGGUCGGCGUUCCGACAGCUGUAUAUGGAGUUUGGGUCAGGAUGAGUGGUUAUCUUACUCAGCAUUUAAUGAACAGUACAAACUUUCUAUUUCUUCAUCUUUGCACAGCGCUGUAUUUACCAAGUGAGGUAGUACAGGGGGUUGGAAGUCAUAACGUCACAUUGCUUUCAGAGGGUUCGAUCCAG